AAGGGGGCAGAAGUGUUUCUCUUCGGCCACUUCUGAAACUGGAGCCACCAGAGAAGGAUGAGAGACAAGAAAGACUCUAUUUUUUCUCUUUUCUUUUAAUCCUGGAUAUUUGAGGGUAGAGAAGUCCAUUUGAGUCAUCCUUCAUUCAAAUGCAACUUUAAAUCUUCUCUUUUUCUGAUAUUCUUACCUUGCAUUUAGAUGUUUUUUUCAUUCUCCCAGUGAGAUUGGACAUUCACUAUUGCCCAUCCUUGGUCACACUUUUUUUCUUUUUUCAUCCCUGUCUACCCACUUGGCUUUCACUCUAUCCAUAUUUGAUCCUGAGUGGAUCUGGACCUGCACCUGGUGCAUUAAGGACAGGAGAGCAUUUAAGAACUAUGAGAGACCUGCCCAGAGUCAAGCCAAUUGACCCAUCUUGAAUAAUCUUCAUUAGCAAGACGACCUGAGAACGAAAGAAGGAAAAGAAAGAAGAAAGCGGAUGCAUCCCACAUAUUGACCAACUCAUCUGAUGAACAUUUUCACCAAUGUGAGACCACAGAACAGGUGCUGUUCCUGCAUUUAAAUAAAGUGUGAUCCAUAAGAGAAGUUAUUUCCUGAAGUUCAUGAGAACCACUUGAAGGGACUUGAAUCAGACCUCAUGGAUUGACUGGUAGGUGCAGAAACUCAUGCAUGACUUGUGUUGCAUCCUGAACACAGAUGUUUUCAUAAAGUGAAUUGGGGUCAAAGCGUGAACAAGCUUCACCCUCUUGGCACUGAAAGAGAACACUUUGAUACAGUUGAAGAGAUCGUCAUGAAAGGCUUAAAUCUUAGCUGGGGGUUGCUGGUGCUUCUGCUGCUCUGGACCUUGUCAGUCAUCGCUGAUGCUGCUGGCGUUGCGGGCGCAGAACGAGGAGGAGCUGGAAGAAGCCAGAGAAGAGGAGGAGGAGGUGGUGGCGGCGGCGGUGGUGCGGAUAAGAAAAGGAGGUUUCACCGCAUCCAACAUGGACAGUGCAGCUACACCUUCAUCCUGCCGGAGCUGGAUGGGUGCCAAGGAGGAUUGCUGUCACAGCCUGAACAAUAUGGUGGCUCUCGCGGCGGGGCAAGUGUCCUGCAGAGAGACUCGGCGCGAGUCGACAGUGAAUGGUCAGCUCAGAAACUGCAGCACCUGGAGAGCACAAUGGAGAACAACACACAGUGGUUGCAGAAGUUGGAGAAAGUUAUUCAGAAGAGCAUGAAACCCAACAUCCCUAACAUACCACCGCAUGUCGUUCACAACCAAACAGCCACCAUGCUGGAGAUCGGAACAAACCUUCUCACCCACACGGCGGAGCAGACACGCAAACUCAAUGUGGUCGAAGCCAAGGUGCUGAACCACACGUCUCGAAUAGAGAUCCAACUUCUGGAGAAUUCUCUGUCCACGAACAAGCUGGAGAAGGAGCUGCUACUGCAGACAUCUGAGAUCAGUCAGCUACGAGCCAAAAACAGUCGUUUGGAGAGUAAAGUUCAGAUGUUGGAGUCUCAGCAGAAAGGAGAGCUGGAGGACAUGAAGGAGGAGAAGAACCGACUGCAGUCUGUCGUCAGGACUCAGAUGGCGGCCAUUGAGUCUUUAGAGAGGCAGCUGAGAGUCGCCAGCAGCAACAACACGGCUCUGCAGAGGCAGCAGGCUCAGCUGAUGGAGUCUGUCCACACACUCAUUAACAUGGUGGCUACUACUACAGGGUCGCCUCCCAGGAGCCAGAUGUGGAGGGACUGUGCAGAUGCUUACAAGGCCGGUCACUCUGUCAGCGGUCUGUAUCACAUCUACAUCGGCAACAGGUCUGAGCCUGUGCAGGUGUACUGUGACAUGGAGACGGCUGGUGGAGGCUGGACGGUCUUCCAGCAGAGAUUUAACGGCAGCGUGGACUUCCAGAGAAGCUGGAGGGAAUACAAAAUGGGUUUCGGGGACGUGUUAGGAGAACACUGGCUGGGUAAUGAAGUUCUGUACCUGCUGACCAGUCAGGGUCAGUACUCUCUGAGGGUGGAGCUGAGGGACUGGGAGGAUAACCCCGCCCACUCCCAGUACGACCGAUUUACACUGACCAGUGAGAGACAGCAGUACAGGUUGUAUCUGAGAGGUUACAGCGGCACAGCGGGGAGACAGAGCAGUCUGGCCACCCACGGGACCGGAUUCAGCACCCGAGACCAGGACAACGACAACUGUGACCACUGCAAAUGUGCCCUGAUGCUCACUGGAGGUUGGUGGUUUGACGCUUGCGGUUUCUCCAAUCUGAACGGUAUUUAUUACACCGUCGGCCACAAUAUCAGGAAGCUCAACGGCAUCAAGUGGCACCACUUCAGAGGCCCCAGCUACUCCCUGCGUUCCACCUCCAUGAUGGUACGACCCUAUGACUUCUAACAACGCCGCUCCACCUCCAUGAUGGUACGACCCUAUGACUUCUAACAACGCCGCUCUGCCUCCAUGAUGGUGCGACCUUACGGUACAACCUGCCAAUCCCCCUUUCAAAAUACCGUCCUGAUGAUGUGAAACGCCCCUCGGCUCCAGCACCACGAUGGUAUGACCCUACAGUAUGACUUCCUCCAGUCCCCCGCCAUGAUGGUACAACCCUACAACUACAAGCUCCACCUUCACCAUUUGAAAGUCUCACAGAAAGAUCCCCACACAGCACCUCCAGUGUGGGAAAGGUGUGAGGGGAUUUGUGAUGGAGCAGCUUCAUGGUACAGUCUUCUAUUACUUCAAAGCAUCUCCAUGAUCCCGACGAUCAAUCAGUGCAUCCCUGUUGAUAAUAAUAAUGUCUGAUACACACAGGUAAAUGAUGUUAUUAUGAGCCCAAAAGGCUGAUGGAACAAUAAAGACUGAAAUCAAUAAGAAAUGGAUGAACUGACUUUUAAUUUGACUUCUUUUAAUGAAGCCAAUGAUCGGACUGAAGUUUCUGCAUAUUAAUCAACAUUUUAACGCUCUGAAUGUGGAAGCGUCUGAUCGAUGUGCUGAAGAAGAAACAUUGAGGAUCGAUCUGAGAUUGAGCAACAAUGUUUUCUCCUUCAAACCCAAAACCUCUGGAGAACCACAGAGAGGAUUGUGGUUUCUGGAUGUUUGUGUCCUGUUAAUGAGAGCUAACAUUGAAGGACACGUAGUUGGAGAGAUGCUGGACAUUAUGGUUUUAAUUAUCCUCCAGGAACAGAACAGUGAGCAGACUGACGUGUUCUGAUGGAUGAGUAAUUAAACCAACAGCAACACUUCCAAUCUUCAACCACAUACUGUAACCUUUACUCUGGAUAUCUGAACAUUGAAGGAAGGAAACAGCUGAGGAACUAAAUGAACAACUAAGUGAAAAAUGAAAAUUUCACUUUAUUAUUAGUUGUUUGAUGUUGAAAGUCUGGACAACGAGCGAGAAAGAGUCCAGAAACAGAAAUGUUUCUUUAAUUAACUUCCUAAUCCAAACAACACGCAGCCACAUGAGCUACAGCACAUAAUUAUAUCACUGAUUAGACUGUCGUCAUCUGAACCGUGUUUCUGUUUCACACACACACACACACACACACAUAUUACAGAGAUAACAACGAGAAGUUGUUUUUGGUCAGGUUGUGUUAUAGCUCAUGUUUCAUUAGCAGGUUUUUGGUACCACAGUGUAACAACUGGAUGUGUGUGUGUGUGUGUGUGUGUGUGCGUGUGUGUGUGCGUGACAGUCAGUCUUUGAUUAUAAACUGAAAUUUUUUCAACGUGCUUUGGAAAAAUGUUUAUUCAUCGUUUGGAAAGAGCAGCACAGAUAUUCACUGUCUGAUAAAGUUAAUACUAAUAAACAAUAAGUAAUCAAUAACUUCAGCAUGAUUGAUUUUUAUAUUUAAGUGUUAUUAUUCAAUGUCAGCAGAGGCAGAACCAGCAGUUAUAAUUCAUCCAGUAUUCUGCUUGUGUUCAGGGU